AUGCUACCUGGUGUAACAAUUAGAGGUCAGGGGACACGUUCCAGUACUAUCAAUGAUAAACAACAUAUCAGUUCACGUUUACUUCGUGUUGUUCGUCAUAAUUUACCGGGAAUGGAAUUUCGAAUUAAUUCGAAUGGUUUCCUAUAUGCCAGUCUUCUAGCUAAACUAAUUAUUAACAAUGAAAUUGAACGAUUACGAUUACAACCAUUAAAACGAUGCUUUCAACAGUUUAAUGGUUGUAUUACGAUUUCGAAUUUGGUCAUUUUACGAUAUCAAUGUCCAAAAUUGGUAUCUCUUCUUCCUUCACCACCUAAUCGUCUAAUUUUCGUCAUUCAAAAUCUCGAUCUUGAGAUAAGAGGAAAUAUUAAUGGUAAAAUUAGAGUAUUAUUACCUAUUAAACUCAAUAAUACUGUAUAUCUACGUAUCCAUCAGAUUUCGGCAAUAGUUCGAUUUUUCGUUUACCGUACAUUAAAUGGAUCUCUAUAUGUUCGUACUAUUGGAUGCCAUGUAUCUGUUGGUUUUAGCGAUAUUUUUUUACAAAAUGAUGAUCUUAUCGGAAAUAUUUUCAACACAUAUUUUCGGAGUAAUGGAACAGAACAAAUUCGGAAGCAAUUAUCAUUUAGAGUUUGUAAAAUUAUACGAAAUAUCGUUAAGAGAAAAAUAAAUGCACCAUUUCGGAAUAUGCCAAAAAUAAUUUCAUUCAGUAAAUUAUUUAAUUUCGGUAAAACAACUAUUAAUAGCAUUAAACUGAUUGGUUUUACGAAACCUUGUCGCAUGCCACUGUGUAGGGAAAAAAUUCAAAAUCAUGCAACAAUCACUCAUUUUCCGAUUUCAACAGUAAAUUUAUCCACCGUAUCCGAUACUAAAUCUAUGUUUACUGGAAAUGUAAAUAAUCAAAAAUCAUUGACGAUGGAAAUGAAGUAUAAUGAUAAUAUGGAUAAAGUAAGUGAUAUGCCAUCACUGUAUCAGUUAUCUUCAACACAUGCAAAAACAUCACAAAGUAUCACAUUAUCACCAAGUCAAAUAGAUGCGCCAAAUUUUUUGGAUCCUUGCGCUGAUUGCUAUUCUAUCAAUAAAUCAAUUCCUUUUCAAAAUUUAGACAAUUUAAUUAAACAUAUUAAUGAGAUUUUAUCCAAUGCAAUGCUAAAUAUGCGUUUAACUAAAGUAUCUGCAACAUUUGAUUAUUUUCAUCUUGGCUUACGUGCAGCUCUUAAUACAGAAGGAAAAAUGGAUGAGAAACUAUUUGAUCCAUUUCCAAUGCAUUUCCAACAAUUUUACAACGGAAGUAAAAAACGAAUGUUGGAUGUGAAAAUUGUAAUUAAUUUCCGGAAUGAUGCAAUUAUGUUUCGUAUUGGUCCUGAAACACCGAAAUUGGGUAGAUUUUUAAAAACAACAUGUGCUGAUGAUGAUUACGACGAUUUUGGUAAUUUUGAUGUAAAUGAAGAUGAAGAUUUUGAUGAUGACGAAAAUUCAACAAUAACAAUAGCGAAAUUUAUAAAACGUCGAAAACGAAACGCUGCGAAUGAUGAUAGUGAUAAUGAUAAAAAUGAUAAUAUGGAAAGCAACGAGGAAAAAGAAAUGUUUAAUGGUUUGGAAAUAUGCAUAGGUGAUAUCAUGCCAGCUGUCCAACAUAAAUAUCCGAAAAAAUUAAUGCAUAUCAAAAUUUAUUCCAAGCGUACACCAACUAUAACACUAUCAGCUGAACGUAAUGGUACAGUAAGAGUAGAUUUGGAACUUGAAGCUGUAUUAUAUAUUGAUGAUAGCGGUGAAAAAAUUGGUACAAUGCUUAUUAGUAGUAUAAUUGAUGGAAAUAUUCAUAUAUCAGCAAAUCGAGUUAAUAUUCAAGUCGAAAUUAAAUCAUUGAAAUUGGUUGAUAAGGAUAAUACUCUUCAACUCUCGCCAGAUGCAUUGGAUAAUUUAGCUAAUUUAUCCAAAGAUGUCAUCGCUCAGACAGCUAAUAAUGAGUUAUCAAAUGGACUUAUUAUUGAAUUAUCAAUGGAAAAAUUGAAAUACAAUUUGGUGAAACCAAAAUUUUCCAUUAUUGAUCAUGCUAUUCAUAUAUCAACGGAUUUUAAUAUACCCGCGAGUAUUCUCGGCAUUAUAUCAUCAACCAUUUGUUAG